AUGAACAAAGAUGUGGUGUUCGACAUACUGUUGCUUCUUCCUGUUCGAUCCCUCUUGAAAUUGAUAGGUGUUAGAGUGUGGUAUAACAUCAUUGAUUCUCCUGAAUUUAGAAAUUUGCACACCUUGUUGCAUAAAAACAAAAAAGAUGAGGAGGUAUAUCUACGGUUUAAUUUUGGUCUCGGUUAUAGUAUUGUUUGUAGGAAACUAUCAAUAAAUCUCCUAGACAACGGGAUGUCGUUGCAGUCGCAUUACUUCCCUCUGCCUAUGGACCUGAGUGUAGUAUCCGGGGAUGUUAAGGGUCUAGUCUGCCUAACUUCUCCGCGUAUGUUAGACAUUGCAAUAAGCAAUCCUUUUCUACGCCACUUCAAGAUUCUACCACUUUCUCCUUUCUCUAUAACUCGGUCGUGUUUUUAUCACCACAAUGUCGGAUUUUGUUUCGACGAAGAUUACAAAGUGGUGCAGCUAAUGCAAGAGGUUGCACGCGAAUCUGUAUUCUGCGAGGAAGAAUUCUUGGAGUGA